UAGUUCUAAUAUUUAAUUUUAUUUUAUAAAAAAGUAUGCUGUAUAUAUUGUUCUUUUUACUGCUAUGCAAUAAUGUUAUUUCAACAAACAAAUUUGGACCUUAUCAAUGUUUGUUAGUUAAAGCGGAGGCUUGCAAGAAACCAACAAAACCUGUGGUAAAGGACUCGCCUAUGUUGUUCCAUGGAGAGAUUUAUAAUACUACUAAAAAGACCAAUCUUUUAAAAGGGAAUCUUACAGUCACCAAAGAAAUUAGAAUUAAGAAGAUCAACAUAAAGGCAUACUACUGGGAGUUUGGCCGAUGGAAUACUCAAUACAUAAUGAAUAAUAUGGGGUGCAACAGCGUCUUUCUGCCUAUGGUAGUGAAGGUUACCCAAGUGAAGCUCAAUACAGACACGUGCAAGUUUCUCAAGGGUUCUAAUGUAUUCCAAGGCCUGGACGUGAAUGAAAUGCAGCACGUAUGGAUGUCGACGCAGGAGUAUGGGCGUAUCAUGUGGUUAGCAGAAUUCUUCUCACACGCAGGCUCUAUUUUCUGCUGGGAGUUUGAAACUGUUAACAAGCCAGCGUGAUAAAUAUUUUCUUUUAUUUACAUCUAUUAAAUUAUUAU